GUUAUGAACUUAAGAACAUCAUAAUUAGUUGACAGUGUUAAAUAUUUUAUGAAUUAUAACUGUUCAUAUGGUUUGGUGAUUUAAAUAAUUGGAUGUAACAAAUAGCUAGAAAUGUACAGUAUUCCUCAUUUAUGCAUUGACAUAUGGUCAGAGUUGUAUUUUUUAUGCUUUUAAUAUAAUUUUCAGAUACUUGAGUUUUUUUUUAUUGAAAUUUACUAAAAUAAUUGCAAGAAUAUAUUAUGCAAUUUUUAUUUAAAACGUGUGUCUUAUUAAUUAUCCUCAAAUGUACAGUCAGUGAAUUUCAAUGUUUGUCUUCAAAUAAAAACAUAGAUAAGUGUCAAGAUUGGAAACAAAUGUCUGUACUUGUGGCUAACCUAGUGGGUCGAUCAAUUGUUGAUAAUAAAGUUGAAACAAAAUCUAACAUGUUAACUCUGUUGAUUCGUGCAGCUUCAGGAGUUAUCGGAUAUGGCUCCAAUGCUCUAAAAACUAUUAUAGUAAACGGAUUGGUGCUUCUGACACAAAUUGUUUUAACUGUUUCUGAUUACGGAACAACCAACUAUAGAGCUACUACUGCUACUAGCCAAAAAAUGAAGAUUUUUCCCGAUGGCCGUCCAAUCGACUGGAUUAUGAAUAAUCCAUAUAUCAAAUCGAUGAUGGAUGAUGCAACAAACGAAAUGUUACCAGAUCUGUUGAUCGAACAGUUGGCGUCUGGCUUGCCGUGUGUUCAAUUGCUUCUUUGUCGCCUGUCACCAAUCAUACACCAUAUGCAGCGUCAGGUAAAGGAGAGUAGACGCGGUCCGUCUCACAAAUGGCUUUCAUGGAAUGUGUCUGACUGGCAGCGAGUCAAAGGGAAUGCGAAGCAUUGCGUUGAAAAACAUAACGACUGUGUGAAAAUUAUUAAAUUGAAUUCGUUUAGGUGAUGCGAAUCACAUAUUAUAAGUAAUAUUGUCUAGUGUCUACGUGGUGACAUUUCUGUUCAAAAUCCGGUUUUUAGCGUUUUACUUUACAAAAAUAUUAUUGAUCGUAAUAUAUUAAAUAAUAACUAUUUUACUGUGUAUAAAUAUCUGUAUUCUAUAUUUUUAUACUUCUAUCUAUAAUAAUAUACAACGGCGUGUUUUGAGAGGAAUAGGUAAUUGCUUUGGACAGAACAUUUUAAAUUAAUUUUAAUUUGAUACCUAAUUAUAUAAAUUAUGUUAAGAUAGGUAGUAAGUGUUAUAGAAUAUAGUAUAUCUUAUAAUAUUUCCGGGGAUGUGGCAAAUAUGAUGAUGGUGAAAAAAAUCAUAAAAAUUGUUUAGUUUAAAGCCUUUAUAGGCUUUCUGGCUUUAUUAUAGUUAUAAUUUUACAAUGCCGUAAAUUUAAGUGUAGAUAAUUCUUAAUAUGGCAUGGUGUAUUGCUUUGUUUAUAUUCUAUGUAUAAGUAUUAAGUAUAUAAUAAUAUAAUUAACAAGUGUGUCAAUAGGACGUGUAUAGGUACGUUGUUGCCUAAAUAGCG